UCAUUAUAUUUAUGUUUUCCCGCCAAGCGGACUGUUUGCAGAUUGUGUUUUUAGGAAUUUUGUUUUCUGUCGAGUAUUUCUUGCAAUCGAGUUGCAAUUAUUAUAAUACGCUUGAAGCGUUAACUUCUCUGGCAGAUAUUGUUAAGUUUAAAAACAAUAUUCUUUUAUAAAGUGAUUAAAAAGUGCUAAAAAAAUUCACAUCAAAUGGCAGAUGCUGAGCAAUACAUAAAAGACAUACAGAGAGAGUAUGUUGAUUUCUUGGAUGAUGAAGAGGAUCAGGGUAUAUAUUCGGGUCAUGUUAAGGAUAUGAUAGCAGAAAAAAGCAGACGUCUCAUUGUUAACAUUAAUGACUUGAAGCGUAAAAAUCCCCAACGUGCUUUGGGAUUGCUGGGCAACGCAUCCGAUGAGCAACUGGCGUUUGGUAGGGCUCUUAAGGAAUAUGUAUCUACAGUUGAUCCAUCAUAUGCUAAACAACAUGAAGACUUUUUCGUGGGAUUUGAGGGAUGUUUUGGUAAUCGUCAUGUGACGCCACGUUCUCUCACCUCCAUAUAUUUAGGCAAUAUGGUUUGUGUAGAAGGUAUUGUUACCAAAGUUUCUCUCAUUCAUCCCAAAAUUGUACGUUCGGUACACUUUUGUCCUGCUACGCGUAAAGUAAUGGAACGGAAAUAUACCGAUUUGACUUCAUUUGAAGCCGUUCCAUCGAGUGCAGCUUAUCCCACAAAAGAUGAAGAUGGUAAUUUAUUAGAAACCGAGUUCGGUUUGUCCGUAUAUAAAGAUCAUCAGUCUUUGACUAUACAAGAAAUGCCGGAAAAAGCGCCAGCUGGACAGUUACCACGUUCAGUGGAUAUAGUAUGUGAUGAUGAUCUGGUUGAUCGAUGCAAGCCUGGUGAUCGUGUACAGAUUGUGGGUAAUUAUCGUUGCAUGCCAGGCAAGCAAGGUGGAUAUACUUCUGGCACGUUUCGCACAGUACUAUUGGCAAACAACAUUUCACUGUUGAGUAAGGAAAGCAAUAUGGACAUCAGUCGUGAAGAUAUCAUCUUGUGCAAGAAACUUGCCAAAAACAAUGAUAUAUUCGAGUUGCUUUCAAAGAGUUUGGCGCCGUCGAUACAUGGUCAUGCUUUUGUAAAACAAGCCAUUCUUUGCCUUCUUCUAGGAGGUGUAGAGAAACUUCUUCCCAAUGGUACACGUUUGCGUGGCGAUAUAAAUGUUUUGCUUAUUGGCGAUCCUAGUGUCGCAAAGUCUCAACUCUUGCGUUACGUGUUGAAUACGGCACCUCGAGCAAUUCCAACUACUGGUCGUGGAUCCAGUGGUGUUGGUCUUACUGCAGCCGUGACUACAGAUCAGGAAACGGGAGAACGACGCUUAGAGGCUGGUGCUAUGGUAUUAGCUGAUCGUGGUGUUGUGUGCAUUGACGAAUUUGAUAAAAUGAGUGAUAUUGAUAGAACAGCUAUUCACGAGGUGAUGGAACAGGGCCGCGUUACAAUUUCAAAGGCUGGAAUUCAUGCAUCAUUAAAUGCUCGUUGUUCUGUGUUAGCUGCAGCCAAUCCAGUUUAUGGUCGCUAUGAUCAAUACAAAACUCCUAUGGAGAAUAUUGGCCUUCAAGAUUCUUUGCUGUCUCGUUUUGAUUUGCUUUUUGUAAUGUUAGAUGUCAUUGACAGCGAUAUUGACCAAAUGAUAUCUGAUCAUGUAGUUCGCAUGCACCGCUACCGUAAUCCCAAAGAAGCUGAUGGAGAACCUCUCUCAAUGGGAAGUUCUUACGCAGAUUCACUAUCUUUCUCAUCGAAUAGCGAAGAAAAGAAAGAAACCGAGGUCUAUGAAAAGUACGAUGCUUUACUUCAUGGCAAAUCACGAAAACGACAUGAAAAAAUUCUUUCUGUAGAAUUUAUGAGAAAGUACAUUCAUAUUGCUAAAUGCAUGAAGCCUAAACUAAGCGAACAGGCCUGCGAGGCCAUAUCGAAUGAAUAUUCACGUCUGCGAUCGCAGGAAAGUGUACAGAAUGAUGUGGCUCGCACUCAGCCCGUUACAGCUCGUACUUUGGAAACUUUAAUUCGUUUGGCCACGGCACAUGCCAGAGCUCGCAUGUCCAAGACUGUCACUGUUGAUGACGCUCAGGCCGCUAUAGAAUUAGUACAGUUUGCCUACUUCAAAAAGGUCUUGGAAAAAGAAAAGGGUCAAAAACGCCGUAGAGAUGGUGGUUCUUCAGAUGAAGAAGUAGUUACCGAAGAAAAUGGUACUCAGAAAUCACCAUCACGUCGUAGCAAACGUACACGUACAGACGUUAGCCAAGAUACUACUAAUAUGGGAGGAGAGACCGAUGAUGAAAUUGAGACACCACAGCCUGAUGCUGGCGAUUUAACACGUCGUGAUACUCGAAGAUCGUUACCCGCACGAAAACCAUCGACUUCCAAUGUCACAUCUCAAUCCGAGUCACAAACCUCGCUAGAUACAUCAUCUGUUGGUGCUGUCCCUUCUGCACCGGCCUCUAUAACAGAUACCCGUCUAGGAGUUUUCAAAAAUAAUCUUCACCGUUUAUUCCGAGAAGCCAGGGAACAGAGUUUGUCUUUGGCACGCAUUACUACCGCAAUCAAUGAGAAUAAUGCAGAACAGUUCACUGACGGCGAAAUAGAAGCAGCUGUUAAUCGUAUGACAGAUGACAACCAAAUAAUGGUCGCCGAUGGAAUUGUUUUCUUAAUCUAAAGCACCGAAAAAAGACAUAUUUUUUUUAUUAAACCAUUAACACAUAUUAAUUUA